AUGGCACCGCGCCCGAAGGUCGCGCAUCCGACAUCCGAGUUUCGGGCGCGCGAGCUAGUUCGGGCAACGGACAUGUUCACGGAGCCCAAGACUUCUGACAGUGUGGUCGGUCUCGUUCGCGCUACCGCCAAAGCCCACCCCUCCGCCACAGGUCAACGCGUCUUCGACCGUGGUGGUCCACCCACCUCCCAUUCCUCCAUCUUGGGAAUCUGUGAGUACCCCCGUCUUGAUCUCCCGCUCGUGCCCCUGCUCACCUACUACCGCUCUUCUAUCUCCGUCGGCGAGUGCGACGAAGAACACGAGUCGGACGACACGCACUGGCGCGCGGCCAGUUCGACGGACCCGGACAUCGACAUCGACCGGACGUGCCUUGGAAUCGCAAACAUCUUUGUCACUACCCCCGCGCGAUAUGCGCACCACAGCCGCGUCUGUCACUGGGACGGCCUCGUUGUCGUCGUCCACAUCCACGUCCUACCAGCGGACGGCGACAGCACGAGUGCCAGCAUCCUCCUCAGCGUCUUCCACGGGUAUGUUGUCAGCGGACUAGAGAGGCCCGCGCGACGGAGAAGAAUCGUGCGGGAGGACGUCUCCAAGGCCUCAGGCCUCAUGCAUGGGGGUAGGCCCUCACAAGCCUCAGUAACAUCUCAUUAUGGAUUUGGGUUUUUCCUGAUGCUCCCGGCACGCAGCGCGGCGUCUCCGCAGCUCAAGGCUCUCGCCAACAUCGUCUGCGGCGCCGGGGACACCAAAGUGCUCAUCACAAACUUCCACCACAUCGGCGACUGGGUCGCUCGGAUCGUCGACGACCCACGCACGCUGAACCGGUCCGUGAUGGUGUGGGAGGACGAGGUGACGCAGAUGGAGGCGCUCGCCAUCGCAGGUUCCAUUUCUGGGGAAGGCGUGGCGUUCGAGGCGACCAGGACCUCGGUUCGUACAUGCCUCCAAGACCCCCACAGAUCCCGUACUGACUACGCCGCCCGCCAGAUGGACCGCGAGACGUUUGAGAAGAUGGAUGUUGAGGCCACCGCGGCGAUCGCAGCAGACCCAUCCGUCUUCGCGAACCAUGUCACGCAGUCGUGGGCGGAGUACGUGAUCAGCAUGCACUUCCUGCGGGAGAACACGCUCGAGAACGCGAAGGCGCUUGGGUACCUUGAUGCGCAGGAGUUGUACCCUGAUGCGCCGGCACAGUCGCUCGAGGAAUUUGCAAAGGAGUUCUACGCGCUGGAGGAUCCUGGCCUUGCGAUCACGCGGUAG